UGGAACACUGGUAGCCAGUACUGUACCUUGUGGAACACUGGGAGCCAGUACUGUACCUUGUGGAACAGCUUUUCACUGUGGUCACCUCUGUCUUGACUGUAUUUACAUAUUGUUAUUGCUUCGACUCCUUUUUCUCGUAUUUCUUCUGCUUCUUCUCUUCAUCCUCUUCCUCUUUCUCACGUUCCUCUUCCUCCCCAUCGUCACAAACAUGGUGUGGGUGUCAGCAUCCCCCCCCCCCUCGCCAGUAUAACCUCCCCAGCCUCUGCUCCUCCACAGUCAGUGUGCCACAGCUGUGUUGUGGUGCUGUUGUUAUUGUUGGGGUGCUGGUAGGGGAGGGGUGCCUGGGGUGUGGUGGGGGUUUGGGGGUGCGGACAAGUAGCCGCAGACAGCGCAGGGAGACAGUCUUCCGUGAAUGUGGUCUGCCGCAAGAAGGUGUCCCGCAGCUUGUCUGCUUACUCUGCUCUUUACAGGAUAACUGACAUUACGAGGCGUGUGUGCCAGGCGAUAACUGGUCAAGUGCCUCCGAGUGCCAACAACACACGUAGCUCCUGAGUUGUAACUCAAGUGGUAGUGAUGUGAUUAGUGUUAAAUUGAGGUGAAGGGAUAUAAAACCGUGUGGGUGAACGAGUUGUGGAGGCUGGAAAUUUCGUUCAACACGGCUCUCUCGUUCAGCACGGAUCUUUCGUUGAACACCGAUAAUUUGUUCAGCACGGAUCUCGUUCAGCACGGAUCUUUCGUUGAACACGGAUAAUUUGUUCAGCACGGAUCUCGUUCAGCACGGAUCUUUCGUUGAACAUGGAUAAUUUGUUCAGCACGGAUCUCGUUCAGCACGGAUCUUUCGUUGAACACGGAUAAUUUGUUCAGCACGGAUCUCGUUCAGCACGGAUCUUUCGUUGAACAUGGAUAAUUUGUUCAGCACGGAUCUCGUUCAGCACGGAUCUUUCGUUGAACACGGAUAAUUUGUUCAGCACGGAUCUCGUUCAGCACGGAUCUUUCGUUGAACAUGGAUAAUUUGUUCAGCACGGAUCUCGUUCAGCACGGAUCUUCCGUUCAGCACAGAGGGAGACACACAGCACUAGUAUGCUCUAUUGCUGAACUAAGUGUGUGGUAUGUAUGAUCUCCAGGAGUGCCACAAGGGUAGUGACACUAUCAGCAAGUACCACAAGUAAAGUGACACCCUCGUCAGCAGUGUCACAGGUAUUGUGGCACCUUCAGGAGUGCCAGAGACUAGUGACACCUUCGGGGGAGGAUAAUCUGUUACCAUGCGUUCUUCGGAAGACAGCGCAGAUGAUGAGUUUGUUUUCGUGGGCAAGAAUACAGGGGCAAGAACGUACCCUCCUCACCCCACACCCACCACCCGUCAUACCUGCCCACACACCCGCCUUAACCAGCCCAUUCCCACCAGCCUUGAGCUGGUAUCGGUGCCCUCAGUGCCACGCACCUGGCCCAUCUCCUGCAGUGCCACCAGCACCCGGGCUAAGGUGACCCCACUGCCACCUGAACUGAUAGAACUACUGCCACCUCACCUGAGGGAGAACACAGUUCCUGACUACUCUACCUUCAGUACUCCUGCGGAGGUAUUGCCCGAGAGACCUCCCCUGCCUGCCUCCUACUGCCCGGGUGACUACUGCAACCUGGAUGAUCCUUCCACUCCUACCACUCCUCACAACUACGAUUACUUGUCGCAGCUCAUGACCUCAGAUGACCUUAGUGCUCUCACCUCCACCCACAACCAAGUGCAUGGUGGCAGGACCACGUGUGUCUCCUCUGCGAGACCAUGUGUAUCUAAUACUUUCGGUAACUACACCACUGCCUCCCAUACUGCUGCCGCUACUUUAGCACAGUGACGCUGGUAACA